ACAACCCCGCCAAAACUUCCUCACACUAGGGUCAACGCGUUGAAACCAACGACAACCUUCCAUUCCACGGCCUCGAAAGCACGCACAGAAACACAUUCGUUAUGGCCUCCCACUCAAGAUCAGCAUCCGCGAUGGGCGGUCACGAGAAGACGUACUUUGAGCAGCAGCGCGAGGCUCUGAUUGGCGAGAUCGCAAUGAGCUUUGAGCACGUCUUGGCCAACAUCAACAAGUUGAACCGAUCUCUCGAGGCAGUCACCGCUGUCGGCAACGAAUUCUCCUCGGUCGAGGCACUAUGGUCGCAGUUCGAGAACGUCAUGGACAAAGAUGGCAAGGCUGAAGGCGAGACGGAACAGGCUGACCAGACGGAGCUCAAUGAAGAAGAAGGUGAUACUACAGUGAAGCACGAGGGGGCGUGAUGGGGGCUUUGGAAGGCCGUUUAUGAUACCCUGCGGAUAACGAAUUAAUGACCCAGUAAUACAAGAUCUCAAGAAAUAAUCACGAAGGAUUGUUGGUGAUGGUAUCACUGAGCAUGGUGAUUUGACAUCAAGAAACUUUGGCACACGUCACUUACGCCAGGAGCAAUAUCUCCGUCGAAUCAAUUUCCAUUGUCUGUC